UCAAUGUUGUUAUAUUUUGACAGAAGCCAGAAUUUAAAAAUUGGUGUCUUUUUAAAUUUCCCCAAUUUGCUUUUCCUUUGUUUUGUUAGUAGUUGAUUUUUACGAUUGUUAUCGAAUGUUGCCUUGAAUAUAUGCAAAUAUGUUUAAGAACCGAAAACAGAUUAAGAUUUAUCUUCGCUAGUAAAUGAUAAUAAUAAUGGAUUCUAGUGCCCUUAAACCAACUUUAGAAAAACAACUUAAGGGUCACCAUGGUGGAAUUACAGCUUUAUAUUAUAAUCCUAAUGAUACACAAAUUGCUAGCAGUUCCAUGGACCAUAGUGUUUUGCUAUGGGAUCUGAGUCGGCCCAUGCGCAGUUACAGAUUUCAGGGACAUGAAGAAGCUGUAAUGGAUGUAACAUUCUCUCCAAGAGGAAAGUAUAUGGCAUCAGCAUCCCGUGAUAAGACUAUUAGAUUGUGGGUUCCAACAGUUACGGGCAGUACUGGAGUAUUCAAAGCACACUCCCAAACUGUACGAUCUGUACAGUUUAAUCCUGAUGGCUCACGGAUAUUAACAGCAUCAGAUGAUAAGAUAGUAAAGUUGUGGUCAAGUGAGAAGUAUAAAUUUAUUUCAUCAUUUGUGGGUCACACAAACUGGGUGAGAUGUGCCCGAAUGUCACAUGAUGGGUCUGUGAUAGCUUCAUGUUCUGAUGAUAAGACAACUCGGCUCUGGAGUCCUGAUACUGGGAAGUGUAUACAUGAAUAUAAGGAUCAUAAGGUCUAUGCCACACAUCUAUCAUGGCAUCCAUCUGGUUGUUACAUAGCUAUUGGAUCAUCACAUGGAAAUGUUAUGGUUUAUGAUAUUAGAACUCACAAUCUUGUCCAGUAUUAUAGCAUACACACUGAUGCAGUGACACAGUUGGCUUUUCAUCCUAGUGGGAGUUACAUCUUGACAUCAGGGAAAGAUGGCAAAAUAAAGAUUUUAGAUUUACUUGAAGGACAUCCUAUAUUUACUGUAACUGGACACAAUGGUGCUGUCAAUUCAGUCAACUUUUCAACAAGCGGAAGUGGUUUUGCAUCGGGUGGUGAAGACAAAAUGGUUUUCAUAUGGCGUACUAACUUUACUGAAUUUGCUGAUGAAGGUAAAGAAAAUGAAGAAUGCAAUCAAUCUAAACCAGCACCACAAAGCGCUUCACAAAAAGCAUCAUCCACAAGAAGAACUCAGGGUGCAAGGUUAUGGUACAAAUGCUAUCACAGUUCCAAGUAUCCCAUUGUCAGAUUUGUCCACCUUGAUGAUCCUUCAAAUGUAGAAGAACCUGUAGCCAGCAGUACUUUCUAUGAAGAAACUAAUGAAAACUUACGGAAUGUUUCUGAUCCAAUAAACAUCACAUUUGAAAGAAAUCCAUCUAGAAGUGGCACAAGAAAUGACAUGGAUUCAGAAGUUGGAUCUCCAACAUUUAGUGUUGGCCAUAUAAGUCACAUUCCUCGUACACCUCCAAAUCCUUCUACAUAUAGAGUACCAUCUGUUAUUAAUUGUUCUGCUAGAGGCAAUAAGGAAGAAGAUUUGUUUGGGAUGAUUAAACUCAAGGAGACUGACAUUUGUUAUACAAGUGGAACAAUAGAGUGGGUAGGACGCAAGAGAACAUUUCCCUUAAACUCUGGAUUUAAAGUUAUCAGCGACAGCCACAGUUCUAAAAAUGAAACUUGUGUUAAAAGGGCAAAAACAGAUCCCUUGCCGAGCAAAUUGAAUAAGAUAAAGGAGUGUGAUUGUGCUGAUGUUCUACCUACAGUCAAUGCUAUUGUCGAUCACUUAAAUGCUUUGCAUGAAGCUGUAGACAUAGUUGACUUGAGACUUAAUACCUUAGAAGAAGUAGCUAUUAAUUAGUUGUAAAAAGUAAAAUAAUUGUUUAUGAAAAUAAAUUUAUUAAAUAAUGUACUCUGAAAAAUAUAGUUAAUAUUGAUAACAGUUUUCUUAUUUACAAACAAAGAAUAAAAUCAUGUUAAAACUUGUCACAUAGAACUACAAAGUUAUAAAAUGUUCUUCUUAAUGAGAAGUUUAACUGAAUUACAAUAUUUAUAAAACUUGGUUCACAGCUUGUAACAUUAAUACCUGCCUUGAUUUCCUUAACAUAACUUUGCAAAGAUUUAUCAUU